UAAUCCGGCCUGUUCUGUGCUAAAACCACAGAUAUAUAUAUAUUAAUAGUAAUAUAUAUUUGUGGCUAAAACGUCGACGUAUGCGUAUCACUUUCAUGAACCGUGAACGGUGAAGACUGUGGUGUGGUUUUUGCCUUUUGGCCAUAAUAUAGACUACAACGACCGUCGGAAGUCGUUACGUGAGGUUAUAUCUUUAAAAUGGAUACGAAACAACUGUUGAAUCAACUAAAUGCUAAAAAUGUAGCAAAUACAUUCGAUUUGGCAAAAGAAAACAACAUUGAUCAUCAAAAAGUGAUUGGUGCUGUAAAUAGUAUACUAGCACUAAACAACAACAUUAUUUUUGCUGAACCUAUAACAAGCAAAUGUUGGGAACUGACUAGUGAAGGAGAAUCAGUUAUAUUACAUGGCAGCUAUGAAGUUAAUGUUUUUAAUGCAAUUCCAUCUGAUGGUAUAGCUCAAAAAGAGUUGAUGCAAUUGUCAAAUGCUAAAAUCGGGUUUAGUCAAGCAAUGUCCAAGGGGUGGAUAGCUAUUGAUCGUUCAGCAAAUAAAAUUAUUAGGAAAAUCGAUUCCGUUUUAGAUCAAGUUAAAGAAGAUUUGACUAAAUUGAAAUUGAACUGUGAUGAAAUAGACAACUCAAUUAAACAAGAUUAUAAAAAAAGAAAGCUUAUUCGAGAAGUAGUCAUAAAAAGUUUUAAUUUAAGUAAAGGUCCAGAGUUUACAACAUCUAUUAUGAAACUUGAAACAGAACUUACACCUGAUAUGAUAUUGUCUGGUUCAUGGAAAACUACUGAAUUUAAAACUUAUAAUUUUGAAGCUUUAGGUCAAAUGCCAGCUGCAGGUUGUUUACAUCCUUUAUUGAAAGUGCGCGCAGAUAUACGCCAGAUAUUUCUUGAAAUGGGUUUUACAGAAAUGCCCACUAACAAUUUUGUCGAGAGCUCGUUCUGGAAUUUCGAUUCAUUAUUCCAACCUCAACAACAUCCUGCCAGAGACUCGCAUGAUACAUUUUUCCUAGAUGAUCCCAAAACUAGCGAAAACUUUCCUCAAGAAUAUUUGGAUAAAGUAAAAGAAGUACAUUCUAAAGGCGGUUAUGGUUCUCAAGGAUAUGGAUAUGAUUGGUCCAAAGAUGAAGCUAAAAAAAAUGUACUAAGAACUCAUACUACUGCGGUUAGUGCUCGAAUGUUGUAUGGUUUAGCCAAAAAUUUCAAACCAACUAAAUACUUUAGUAUCGACAGGGUAUUUAGAAAUGAAACAUUGGAUGCCACACAUUUAGCUGAAUUUCAUCAAGUUGAAGGAGUUAUAGCAGACUACAACCUAACAUUAGGAGAUCUAAUCGGUGUAUUAUAUAUGUUUUUUGAAAGAUUAGGAAUGACAGAAUUGAAGUUUAAACCAGCAUAUAACCCGUACACAGAACCUAGUAUGGAAAUAUUUUGUUACCACCAAGGAUUAGAAAAGUGGAUAGAAAUUGGAAAUUCUGGCAUGUUCCGACCAGAGAUGCUUUUACCAAUGGGUUUGCCGGAUAAAGUUAACGUCAUUGCAUGGGGAUUAUCACUUGAAAGACCUACAAUGAUAAAAUAUGGUAUUAAUAAUAUUAGGGAUCUCGUGGGACCUAAAGUUAACUUGCAAAUGGUUCAAAAUAAUCCAAUUUGUAGAUUAGAUAAAUGAAGUAUAUUUCUUACUAAAAAUAUGCAAUAUAGCAUUAAUAUACUAAAUUAUAAGAUUAUAUAAAUUAUUAAAUUUUAAAUAAAAUCUACAGAUAAUAAA